UUCACGCAAAUGCUAGUGCUUAGACGCGUGAAAAUCGCGUCAGGAAAACGCGUGCAUUCGUGUCUUGUAUAUUUUAUCUCUUCCCUUCUCGACUUCCUCCAUAUUUACCGACACUUUGUUUUCUCUAUCAAUCUCAUCGCAGUAUAUACGCACAUUAGUUUAUAACUCAGUAACAUGGGAGGUGGUAAAGACAAGGACAAACAUGAUGACCAUGAUAAGGGUCUUUUUGGUCAUGGCCAUGGGUAUGGUCACGGUGUCCCUGGAUACCCUCCAGGACAAUACCCACCUGGAUCAUACCCUCCACAGGGAUACCCUCCAGCAGGUUAUCCUCAAGGUGGUUACCCACCUGGUGGUUACCCACCUGGUGGUUACCCACCUGGUGGUUACCCACCUGGUGGUUACCCACCUGGUGGUUACCCACCUGGUGGUUACCCACCAGGUGGUUAUCCACCAGGUGGUCAUCCACCAGGUGGUCAUCCACCAGGUGGUUAUCCACCAGCCGGUUAUCCUCCUAGUGGUUAUCCACCAGCCGGUUAUCCUCCUGGUCCCUCUGCGCCACACCAUUCAGGACCUGGUGGCAUGGGGGCAAUGCUUGCUGGGGGUGCUGCUGCAGCAGCAGCUGCUUAUGGUGCACACCAUCUUUCGCAUGGUGCGCAUAAUCCCGGUGGUCACUUUGGAUAUGGACAUGGCAAGUUGAAGCACCAUGGAGGCAAGUUCAAGCAUGGGAAGCAUGGAAAGGGGAAGCAUGGAAAGUUUGGAGGGAAACAUGGAAUGUUUGGAGGGAAGUUUAAGAAAUGGAAGUGAAAAGCAUACAUGACUAACUUCUUACUUGCUGAUAAGUCUCUUUGAAUAAACCAUAUAUUGGAUAAUGGUCUAUUUUUUUAUUUGCUGUUUAUGCUAAAGUUUUGUGUUAUAUGAUAAUAUGACAUAAAUUCAAUUCGCGCCUUCUAAUUUCUA